GUUGCCUCUUGUCUCCUUCCCACUCCUGUCCUGUAGCUGCUCUCUUGACUUUCACAGCUCCUCUCUGGCUUUAUUUUAAUCUUUGCAGCAAAAAUGGCCACAGCUGGUAAGGUCAUCAAGUGCAAGGCAGCAGUAGCCUGGGAGCCCAACAAGCCUUUGGUGAUUGAGGAGAUUGAGGUAGCCCCACCCCAGGAAAACGAGGUCCGCAUCAAGAUUGUGGCAACUGCAGUGUGCCACACAGACCUGUACCACCUUUUGGAGAAUAUGCAUAAAGACGGCUUCCCAGUAGUCCUUGGCCACGAGGCAGCUGGCAUUGUGGAGAGUGUUGGGCCUGGAGUCACUGAAUUUCAGCCAGGAGACAAGGUGAUUCCUCUGUUCAUCGCCCAGUGUGGAGAAUGUCGCUUCUGUAAGAGUCCAAAGACCAACCAGUGUGAUGUGUGGACCAAGGCUCGUUUAGAGGUGAUGUCACCAUCAGACUCCAGGUUUACCUGUAAGGGAAAGAAGCUGCUGCAGUUCUCUGGAACCAGUACCUUCUCUGAGUACACUGUGGUUAACCAGACAGCUGUGGCUAAGAUCGACCCCGCUGCUCCUCUGGACAAAGUCUGUCUCCUCAGCUGUGGGAUCUGCACAGGAUAUGGAGCAGCAGUUAACACUGCUAAGGUGGAACCGGGCUCAACAUGUGCUGUGUUCGGCCUGGGAGCUGUGGGUUUGGCUGCAGUCAUGGGCUGCAAGGCUGCAGGAGCCAAGAGGAUCAUUGCUGUUGACAUCAAUCCAGAGAAGUCUGAGAAGGCCAAGGUGCUUGGUGCGACUGACUUUGUGAACCCCAAGGAUCACAGUAAACCCAUCAGCCAAGUGCUAUCUGAGAUGACUGAUGGAGGAGUGGACUACUCUCUGGAAUGCGUCGGAAAUGUGGGACUCAUGCGCAGUGCCUUGGAGUCUUGUGUGAAAGGUUGGGGUGUCAGCGUGGUUGUUGGCUGGACAGACUUGCAAGAUGUUGCUGUCCGACCCGUUCAGCUCAUCACUGGACGCACAUGGAAGGGCUCCCUGUUUGGAGGCUUUAAAGGUAAGGCUGCAGUGCCUCAGAUGGUUAAAGCCUACCUGGACAAGAAGGUGAUGGUAGAUGAGUUCAUCACUCACAACAUGACUUUGGACCAGGUCAAUGAUGCCAUUGAACUGAUGAAACAUGGCAAAUGCAUCCGGACUGUCCUGAAUGUUUCUCCACAAUAACACCACUGCAUUGCUUUCAACGACCCCAAAGUAACCGAAUAUUUCAUCACUAUAUUAUACAAAAGCUCAGCAUAAUAUGCAAAAUGUCAGCAUAACACUCAUACAAAUAAUACAAUGCAUAUAAUAAGACGGCUUUCAAAUUAUGCACACCACACAUGCCUGACUUUGAACACUCAAUACUCUUAAGUGGAUCACAUGCAAAAUGUGAGAAUCAUCUGUAUUGUUUGUUUAAAGCUAAACAUGUCUGGUAUUUAUAGAGCAAAAUAAAUGGUUUCAGCAGA